UCUGAGGAGCCCGGAGGGAGCCGGCGACGAGGGGACCAUGUACCGGGACCCGGAGGCGGCCAGCCCAGGGGCGCCCACCCGCGAUGUCGUGCUGGUCUCUGCCAUCAUCACCGUCAGCCUUAGCGUCACCGUCGUCCUCUGCGGCCUGUGCCACUGGUGUCAGCGCAAACUGGGCAAACGCUACAAGAACUCCUUGGAGACUGUGGGCACGCCAGACUCGGGGCGUGGGCGCACUGAGAAGAAAGCCAUCAACGACCUAGACAGAGACUUUUGGAAUAACAAUGAAAGCACAGUGCAGCAGAAAUGGAGCUCCUACCCUCCCAAGGAGUUUAUUCUAAACAUUUCACCCUACGCCCCUUAUGGCGACCCACGACUGUCCCUCAAUGGCACCCUCCUGUCGGGUGCCAAAGUGGCCGCUGCAGCGGGGCUGGCGGUGGAGCGGGAAGGCCGGCUGGGGGAGAAGCCGGCACCGGUGCCGCCACCUGGAGAGGACGCCUUGAGAAGCGGCGGGGCUGCCCCCAGCGAGCCGGGCAGCGGUGGCAAGGCGGGGAGAGGCCGCUGGCGGACAGUGCAGAGCCACCUGGCCGCAGGGAAGCUCAACUUGUCCAAUUUCGAGGAUUCCACCCUGUCCACGGCCACUACCCUUGAGUCUAUCCCCAGCUCCACGGGAGAGCCGAAAUGCCAGCGACCCCGCACCCUGAUGCGGCAGCAGAGCCUGCAGCAGCCGCUGAGCCAGCACCAGCGGGGCCGGCAGCCCAGCCAGCCCACCACCAGCCAGAGCCUGGGCCAGCUGCAGGCCCACGCGGCCUCAGCACCAGGCUCCAACCCCCGGGCCUAUGGCCGGGGCCAGGCUCGGCAGGGCACCUCAGCCGGCUCCAAGUACCGGACGGCAGGGGGCCGCAGCCGCUCCAACCCAGGCAGCUGGGACCACGUGGUGGGGCAGAUUCGAAACCGAGGCUUGGACAUGAAAUCCUUCCUGGAAGGCCGGAUGGUGGUGCUAUCCCUGGUAUUAGGGCUUUCGGAACAGGAUGACUUUGCCAAUAUCCCUGACCUGCAAAACCCAGGAACCCAGCAGAGCCAGAACGCUCAGGGGGACAAGAGGUUGCCUGCAGGAGGGAAAGCAGUGAACACAGCCCCAGUGCCCGGCCAGACACCUCACGAUGAGUCCGACCGCAGGACAGAGCCUCGCUCCUCUGUCUCGGACCUCGUCAACUCCCUCACCAGCGAGAUGCUCAUGCUCUCUCCAGGCUCUGAGGAGGAUGAGGCCCACGAGGGAUGCAGCCGAGAGAACCUGGGGCGCAUCCAGUUCAGCGUCGGCUACAACUUCCAGGAGUCUACACUCACCGUGAAGGUCAUGAAGGCCCAGGAGUUGCCAGCUAAGGACUUCAGUGGCACCAGUGACCCCUUUGUCAAGAUCUAUCUGCUACCUGACAAGAAGCACAAACUGGAGACCAAGGUGAAACGGAAGAAUCUGAACCCACACUGGAAUGAGACCUUCCUCUUUGAAGGGUUUCCCUACGAGAAGGUGGUGCAGAGGGUCCUCUACCUCCAGGUCCUGGACUACGACCGCUUCAGCCGUAAUGACCCCAUUGGGGAGGUGUCCAUCCCUCUCAACAAGGUGGACCUGACCCAGAUGCAGACCUUCUGGAAGGAUCUGAAGCCAUGCAGCGAUGGGAGUGGGAGCCGAGGGGAGCUGCUCUUAUCUCUCUGCUACAACCCCUCUGCCAACUCCAUCAUCGUGAACAUCAUCAAAGCUCGCAACCUCAAAGCCAUGGAUAUCGGGGGCACAUCAGACCCCUACGUGAAGGUGUGGCUAAUGUACAAGGACAAGCGGGUAGAGAAAAAGAAGACCGUGACCAUGAAAAGAAACCUGAACCCCAUCUUCAAUGAGUCCUUCGCCUUCGACAUCCCCACAGAAAAGCUGAGGGAGACCACCAUCAUUAUCACAGUCAUGGACAAGGACAAGCUCAGCCGCAAUGAUGUCAUUGGCAAGAUCUACCUUUCCUGGAAGAGUGGUCCAGGCGAGGUGAAGCACUGGAAAGAUAUGAUUGCUCGUCCCAGGCAGCCUGUGGCUCAAUGGCACCAGCUGAAAGCCUGAGUGGGGCCAAGGGAGGCUCAGGGGGCCGAGGCCUGGGUCCCAUCAUGCCCUUACCACUUUAUGCACAACCAUCGCCCAGCCUGGCCCCCUACCAUGGGCGAGGGGAGGAUCCUGAGGGCUCAGCCGGGGCAGUCUCAGGCCUCCAGUGGGCCUCAUCUCUAGGAAGUAGCAGCCCAGCCCCGUGGGCCCAGCUUGGGGGUCUGGGAGCCGUUUCCCUGCUUUGCCCCUGUCCUUCCUGCCCUGCUGAUCCUGAAGAGUGGGGGAGGGUUCCAGAGUCAGGUGGGCAGCUCCCUCCAGAGGCCCGCCAGGUGGGCUUAGCCCCCGUUUUCUUUAAGGCAGUGCCUGGAGUGGAGAGAAGCCAGCCCUCUCCAGCCCCCCAUUGCGGGCUCAGGAGAGGGAGGCUGAGGCGUUUGGCCUCAGCUUGGUGAUCAGCCCCAUUCCCAGCUUCAGGUGCCGGCUGGGCCCUGGAAGCCAAGGAUAGUAUAUAGCCCUCUCCAGAAUCCUGGAGCCACGGGCCUGUACCUGUGUUGUGUCCAUUGUGUGUGUGCGUGCGCGCGCGCGAGACUGCGUGUGUGAGGGGGAUGCUCACUCCGUGUCCCCCUGGGGUCUGUAGUGCUGAUGCCAUAGUUUUAUAAAAACAAGGUGGAGCUGAGGGCAGGCAGAGGCUAAGACUAGAGUGGCAAGAUAGGAGAGGGAUGGGGAAGAAAGAUGCCUCCUGUUGUACUCCUCCCCCGGCAGGGCCCCUCUCUGCUUAAAACCCUCCGGUAGCAAGCAGCUCCUCAGAGCAGUGUCAUCUCUCGGGCAUAAGUUCACACUUUGUAGGUACCUACUGUGUAUAUGGUAUUCUACCAAGACCCCACUCCCUUCCUUCUCAGGCAUCCCCUCCAGAUCUCCCCAACUUCUCACCCAGGGAGUCCUCCACCUUCCCAACCCUCAUAGUUUAGCCCAGUUGGCAUCUGCUUAUACUCUCCAGCGUCCUCGCCUCUUCCUGUGGGUACAGUGCCCCCAAUCCCUCACUCCUUUCUGUGUGGAAUAUGAUAUGCCAUCCCCUGACUUUCUCCAGGCUGUCUUGGCACUUUGGUCCCCCAGAUCAACAGCUCCUUCUGCCCCUCCCACCCAGUGAGCAGGCAGAGGACUCAGGGAACAUUCCAGAAGUCUGAGGUUGCCACACCCAAAGAAGCUGCCGUUUCUCUUCCUUAGCUACUGCUGAGACUAGAACUGGCUUUCCCUUGGAGACAGCAGACUCCAGGAUGAUCCCUCUUAAGCCCUGUCAUCCCUAUGCUGAUCCUGGUAUUGAUAGAACCAAACAGGUGACAAGAGCCUCAAAUUCAGGGGUUCUGAGCCUGAGCCCUAAACAUUCCCAGCGCAUACCGCCAGGUGGCACCAGAGCGCUGCAGUCCUGGACCACACUGUACCCUGGAUGGGCCUGACACCCCACCCAAGAGGAUUCUGCCCCCAAUCCUCACUUCCCGGCACAAGGAAAGCAUAAGCAUUGGGAAAGCAGUUUUUUCCUUCAGUGAGCUUUCCCCUCAAGCCCAGAAUUCUGCUCUAGGCUUUCCCACCCCCUUUGCCCUAUCAAAAUAUCCUGGAAUUGAAUUUCACCUCCGGCCCUGCCCUCCCCUUGACGUCUGGAGGAUUCAUACAUAGUAGGUGAAUCAUUUUGUAGAAUGAAGAAUGCCAUUGUAAAGCUAACAGUCACCCACAUACUUGUAAAUCCAGAUGUUUCAAUAUUGUAGCUUUGCUUUAAGUGGGGUCUGCCCCAAUUGCCUAGAUAGGCUGGGUACAGCUCCCAUUGGGGACCCCAGAGGCUGUAUGGAAGUAGAAGAGGGCACUGGCAGGAAAGGUAUAGGCAAGAGGAUUCCGCCCUCAGAUCCACUUCAGUUUUCUGUGCCCUGUCCCAUUGCCCAAGGGAGAGCCCCGGAGGGGAGGAAGGCAACUGACUCUCGCCAGCCCACUUUAUCUGGGCCAUGCCCAUGCAGUUCUUAGCUCUUAGUAUGCAGAGAGCAUCCCCCCUCGCAGAGUCGGUUCCCCCAUCAGGCCUCACCAAGGCACAUUGGUGAUCAACUUGGGGUUCCCCAGUCUACUUGGCACAGCUGGAUCUGAGGAUGUGGGCAAGAGGCUCCGUGUGAUUGGAUGGAGGGCAGAGUCUUUUGGCACAAGAGGCCGCUGGAGGAUAUAGAGUGGAGACAAGAAGGUCUAGGGAGUUCCGAGAUCAGGGAAUGGGGGAACUUAAGGGUGAGGAGGGCACAGGAGCCCUGCCACCACUAUCCCAGGAUCUCGGGUGUCACCCACACUCCCUGGGCUUCAGUUUCCCCAUCUGUAAAUGAUGGUAAUUAUACUUCACCUACCUCAUGGGGGAGGUUGUGAGGCCACCAUCACCUGACCUGGGUGGGGGUCAAGGCAGGAGGACUCUGAAGGUGCUACCCGGAGCAGCGUGUUAUCACCACAGCCUGAGAGCAAAGCCGCCUGCCCUUUCCCCGAGGAGCCUCCAGGGACCUGGGAGGAGGCUGGCCAGGGCCCAUCUGUUUCUUCACUGUGUCCCAGGCCCCUUCAUAAGCAUCAUCUGCCACCUCUGUGAGCACCCUAGACUUAGCUGUUACCUUGUUCGGGUACCCUUUCUUGUGACACCUUCUCCACGUUAACUGCUGUACAAAUUCCACCUGCCCCAGCAUCCCUCCCCCUGCCCUCCAGCACCAGAGGCCAGGGAAGGGACAAAGGAAAACAGCCACAAAAAAAUAUAAAAGCCAAGGGACUUCCAGCCCAGCUGGGGCCCCAGGGGUGGGGAUUGGUGGCCACUGUUUGUACUGUGUUUGAGUCCUUGAGCGCAAGUGUUUUAUAAAAAAAUAAAACAAAAACCCACUAUCACAAAAAAAAAAAUACAGCAAAGAGAAAUGAAGAAAAAAAAAGGAAAAGAACCAUACAAAAAAAAUUUUCCACCAUAUGCACCCUCUAAGCCAGCAAGAAUUCCUCUUUGCAAAAUCAUAUUUUUGUGGGAAUGGGCCCUGCUUUUUGUGGCAAGGCCUGUUCUGAUUAAUAAAGGAUCGUGAAAAAGUA